AAGAAUUGAUUAUGCAGAGCACAGAACAUGGAUAGAAGACCCAUUCAGUGUUCAGCCGUGAAGUUUAAUAAUUAAUAAUGAAAAUUUAAAUAUAGCUUAUGCCAUAACUCAUAAGCCAUUUGGCGUUUUAUAUUUAAGAUUAAGGGCUUUUCAACCAAUAAAAGUGUAAUAAUUGGCAGUGAAACGAGUAUCAUUUGGCAGUAGGCAAAACUCAAAAUUGUAUACGAAUAACGGGAUGAGAUUUAGUAUUACUGCGUUUCUGAUUUUCAUUUGAUUUGUCUAAAUAUGAUUCUUUAAAUACUACUUAGUUUAAGCUGACGGUGUGGUUUUAUAACUUUUAGUUAAGUUAUUACAAAAAAUUACCUUUUAACACCGCGAAAUGGAUGUGGAUACUGAUGGAAGGAAAUCAAGAUCCCGGAGCAAAUCAGCUGAGUCUAAAAUGUCCCACGAUGGAUCACCAAACUCAAAGUCAAGAUCUAAUUCAAAUUCAUCAUCCCAUGGGUCUUCGCGCUCUGUUUCACCUAAAUCGGCCCGCUCUAGAAGUGGUUCAGUGAGAUCGAACAGAUCCCAUAGCGGCUCGCCAAAAUCUCCUAGAUCAAGAAGUGGUUCUCCAAAGUCCCACGGAUCAGGGUCUCGCUCGCGUCGCGAAAGCGUAGCCAAGUCUAAAAGCGGGCCUCCCGCAUCCAAAAAUCGCUCCAGGAGUACAUCGCCAGCAUCGAAAAAGAGCCCGAAAUCGAGAAACGGAUCAAUGCGGUCCCGGAGUGUGUCUCCGGCUAAAUCCCGCUCUAACAGUGGGUCACGGAAGUCAAAGAGUAGGUCCCGAAGUGGCUCUCGGAGGUCGCGAUCACGAAGCAAGUCGGCGGACCUCAUGAGGGUGGACGGAGAUGCUGCGCCAACUUCACCUAUUUCGCCCAGUACACGCCGAUCCCGGUCUCGCUCACGUUCUGCAUCAAAGUUAAAAUCGGAAUCUGCUGCUGGUGAUAGAACGCGGAGGUCGAGAUCCGGCUCUUGCAAGCGUAAAUCUCGCUCGAGAUCCAGAUCCCAUAAGUCUAUUUCUCGCUCCCGAUCAGGUUCCAAUAAAUCUAAGUCUCGCUCCAGAUCUGGAUCUAGAAAGUCUCGUUCCAGAUCUGGAUCUAGAAAGUCUCGUUCCAGAUCUGGAUCUAGAAAGUCUCGUUCCAGAUCUGGGUCCAGAAAGUCUCGUUCCAGAUCUGGGUCCAGAAAGUCUCGUUCCAGAUCUGGGUCCAGAAAGUCUCGUUCGAGAUCCGGCUCGCGGAGAUCUAAGUCGCGAUCUGGGUCACGAUCGAUAUCGCGCAAGUCUAAAUCACGAUCUAGAUCCGGGUCGCGCAGAUCCAGGGCCAGAUCUAAAUCCGGUUCCCGUUCCAAGUCUAGAUCCAGGUCUCGUUCGAAAUCGCGAUCGAGGUCCGGCUCAAAGUCGGUAUCGCGCUCUCGUUCAGGAUCUCGCUCCAAAUCCCGAUCCAAGUCACGUUCGAGAUCUCGCUCCAAGUCUCGGUCGCGAUCCGGUUCAGCUAAAUCAGUAUCCAGGUCUCGUUCCCGCUCGAGGUCUGGAUCUCGCUCUGGCUCUGAGUCCCCUUCGAGAAGAGAGGGCAAGCGGCGCACCGUGCGGCUGCAGUCGGACGACGAGGGCGAAGGCGGCGAGGGCAGCGCCGGGGCCGAGGCGCCUCCGGCCGAGGGAGGCGAGGGGCCCGCGGUUCCCGCCGUCGUGGCGCCCGACGACUCCUCCGACGACGACGUACCCGCCGGCGGCACGAGCAUGGAGGCCACCGGGGGCAUGUCGGACUUCGAGAUGAUGCUGGCGCGCAAGCGCGAGGAGCGACGCGGACGCCGGCGCCGGCGCGACAUCGACAUCAUCAACGACAACGACGACCUCAUCGCGGCGCUGCUGCAGCGCAUGCGCGCCGCCGCCGACGAGGACCGCGAGCUCAACAAGCGCAACCUGCCCGCCGUGCGAAAGGUGUCCAUGCUGAAGGAGGCGCUCUCGCAGCUCAUCAAGCGGGACCUGCAACUCGCGUUCCUCGAGCACAACGUGCUCAACGUGCUCUGCUCGUGGCUCGCGCCCAUGCCGAAUCGCGCGCUGCCGUGCCUGCUCAUCCGCGACUCGCUGCUCAAGCUGCUGGCGGACUUCCCGCCGAUCGACAAGUCGCUGCUGAAGCAGUCGGGCGUCGGCAAGGCGGUGAUGUACCUGUACAAGCACCCGAAGGAGACCAAGGCGAACAAGGAGCGCGCCGGGAGGCUCAUCUCGGAGUGGGCGCGGCCGAUCUUCAACCUCUCGACCGACUUCAAGGCGAUGACUCGCGAGGAGCGGCAGGCGCGCGACGAGGCCAUGGCGGGCACCCGGCGCCGCGACGAGGCGGGGCCGCCCGACAAGCGCGCUCGGACGCUGGACGAGGCGGAGCGCUCCGUGCGGCCGGGCGAGGCGGGCUGGGUGGCGCGCGCGCGGGUGCCGCUGCCCUCCAACAAAGACUACGUGGUGCGCCCCAAGUCCACCUGCGAGGCCGACAUGUCUCGCCUCUCCAAGAAGAAGAUGACGCGCUACGAGAAGCAGAUGAAGAAGUUCAUGGACCAGAAGCGGCUGCGAGGCGGCUCCAAGCGCGCCGUCGAGAUCUCCAUCGAGGGCCGCAAGAUGGCGCUCUGAGCGUUUUAAUAUAAUCUCCGACGGCCCGACUGUGCGAUGUCGUUAGCCUCGCUGUAAAUAUUAACUUUAAGUAUUCAUCUCCUCGGGCUUCGGAAAUAUUACUAUGACGAUUGUGAUUUGUGUAUAAGUGAUAAUUUGUAUUUAAAAUUCUGAUAAUAAAUGACUGAAUUGUA